UGCCACCUGGCAACGCUGUUGGCGCUGGUCAAACACACACAAGAUGGCAGCGUUGGAAGACGAGUUUGAAGAUGCGCCUGAUGUGGAGCCUUUAGAACCAACGUUGAAGAACAUCAUCGAGCAGAAAUCCUUAAAAUGGAUAUUUGUAGGGGGAAAAGGUGGUGUAGGUAAAACGACAUGUAGCUGUAGUUUGGCAGUCCAACUGGCUGCUGUCAGAGAGAGUGUUCUCAUAAUUUCUACUGAUCCUGCCCAUAACAUAUCUGACGCUUUUGACCAGAAAUUCUCGAAGGUGCCUACCAAAGUCAAGGGCUAUGACAACCUCUUUGCUAUGGAAAUUGAUCCCAGCUUGGGUGUGGCAGAGCUACCCGAUGAGUUCUUUGAGGAAGACAACAUGCUCAGCAUGGGCAAAAAAAUGAUGCAGGAGGCCAUGAGUGCCUUCCCUGGCAUUGAUGAAGCAAUGAGCUAUGCAGAGGUCAUGAGGUUAGUGAAAGGAAUGAACUUCUCUGUGGUUGUCUUUGACACGGCUCCUACUGGCCACACACUGCGCCUGCUUAACUUUCCCACCAUUGUGGAACGAGGCCUUGGCCGACUCAUGCAAAUCAAGAACCAGAUCAGCCCAUUCAUAUCACAGAUGUGCAACAUGCUGGGCCUGGGUGACAUGAACGCAGACCAGCUGGCAUCCAAGCUUGAGGAGACUUUGCCGGUCAUCCGCUCAGUUAGCGAGCAGUUCAAAGAUCCUGAGCAGACCACUUUUAUCUGUGUGUGCAUCGCAGAGUUCCUGUCCCUGUAUGAGACCGAAAGGCUGAUCCAGGAACUGGCCAAGUGCCGCAUCGACACACACAACAUUAUUGUCAAUCAGCUUGUUUUCCCAGAUGGCGAGAGGCCAUGUAAGAUGUGUGAUGCACGGCACAAAAUUCAGUCCAAGUAUUUGGAUCAGAUGGAGGACCUGUAUGAAGAUUUCCACAUAGUGAAACUACCUUUGCUACCCCAUGAAGUUCGAGGUGCAGACAAGGUCAACACUUUCUCUAAGCAGCUUCUGGAACCCUACAAACCACCAAACAAGUAAUUCUCCUCGUCGCGGGACCAGACCCCCACCACUUUUAGAACCCAAAGACCACACCUCCCAACAGGUGUCUUACCCUUCAGUAAUACUCAACCCAUCAUGCAAGCUGGACCGUGCGAGACACACUUGCUUGGUGCUGUCGCCUUCUAAUCCCCUCUGUAGCACUCGUACCAUUACAAUUUAAAACAUUUAUUCCUUUCCUUCA